AAAAAAAUGGGAUUUUUACAUCUCUCCAGCCAGCACUGAAAACGAAUGGGGAUUGCCUUGCUUUGCCUCUUUUUCCUAUUUCUGCAAAGAAAUAACAAUGUACAAGGGAGUUGUUCUCAGGAAAGUGCAGUGACUUGCGAAGAUUGUUUGCUUUCUGGACCACACUGUGCUUGGUGUUUUCAAGAGAAUUAUAUGGACUCAGUUGGAAUUCAUGGAAGGUGUGAUACACUGGAAAAUCUUUUAUCAAAAGGAUGCCAGUUGAAUUUGAUUGAAUUUCCCAUUUCCAAAGUAGAAAUUCACAAAAACAAGCCCCUUAGUAUCGGAAUACAGAAGAACAAUUCUGAUGUCACACAGAUUUCUCCUCAAAAAUUAACUCUUUGGCUGCGACCAGGACAUGAAGAAACAAUAGAGAUCAAAGUUCGCCAAAGUGAAGAUUAUCCAAUUGAUCUCUAUUACCUCAUGGAUCUUUCAGCUUCAAUGGAUGAUGAUCUGAAUACAAUAAAAGAAUUAGGUUCAACUCUUUCCAAAGAAAUGUCAAAACUGACAAGCAACUUCAGACUGGGUUUUGGAUCUUUUGUUGAAAAACCAGUUUCACCAUUUAUCAAAACUACAGCUGAAGAAAUAAACAACCCUUGCAGAAGCGUUCCAUAUGAGUGCUUACCUACCUUUGGAUACAAACAUGUUUUGCCAUUGACAAAUGAUUCAGAAAGAUUCAAUGAAAUUGUGAAAGGACAGAGAAUCUCUGCUAAUAUAGAUACUCCAGAGGGAGGAUUUGAUGCAAUUAUGCAGGCAGCUGUUUGCAAGGAAAAAAUUGGAUGGAGGAAUGAUUCUUUACAUUUGCUGGUAUUUGUGAGUGAUGCUGAUUCCCAUUUUGGGAUGGACAGUAAACUGGCAGGGAUUGUUAUUCCUAAUGAUGGGAACUGUCAUUUGGACCACAAUAAUGAAUAUUCCAUGUCAACUGUUCUGGAGUAUCCCACAAUUGGACAAUUAAUUGACAAACUUGUGCAAAACAAUGUUUUACUAAUUUUUGCUGUAACAAAGGAGCAAAUUCACAUAUAUGAGAACUAUGCAAAGCUUAUUCCUGGAGCUACUGUUGGACGACUACAGAAAGAUUCUGGAAAUAUCCUCCAGCUGAUCAUUGCUGCAUAUGAGGAGCUGAGAUCUGAAAUAGAACUGGAGGUUUUUGGAGACACAGAAGGACUUAUUCUCUCUUUCACUGCAAUCUGUAACAAUGGGACCUUUUUUCAGCAUAAGAGGAAAUGCUCUCAUGUGAAAGUGGGAGAGAUAGUCUCUUUUAACAUGACUCUAAGUCUCCCUACUUGUGAAAAAAAUAGAAGGCAUAUUGUGAUAAAACCAGUGGGUCUCAGUGAUGUCCUGGAAAUUGAAAUUCAUCCACAAUGUAGCUGUAACUGUCAGACAAAGGCUGAGGUGAACAGCUCGAAGUGCAACAAAGGGAAAGGAUCUUUUGAGUGUGGAGUCUGUAUCUGCAACCCUGGCUACAUGGGUCCACAUUGUGAAUGUGAUGAAAAUUCCCUCAGCACUAAUUCUUGCAAGGGCUCUGCAGAACAGAGCUCCUGCAGUGGGAGAGGUGACUGCUACUGUGGACAGUGUGUUUGCCACUCAUCAAUGUAUGGAAAAAUUUAUGGGCCACACUGUGAAUGUGAUGACUUCUCUUGUGUGCGACAUAGAGGACUUCAGUGUGGAGGCAAUGGUGACUGUGAUUGUGGAGAAUGCGUGUGCCACAGUGGAUGGACUGGUGAAUACUGUAACUGCACAACCGACACUGCCUCCUGCAUUUCUGAGGAUGGGAUGCUGUGCAGUGGGAGAGGUGAAUGCAUCUGUGGGUCAUGUACUUGCACACACCCAGAGGCUUCAGGCAGCACAUGUGAAAAAUGCCCUCUAUGCGGUGACCCUUGCAGUUCCAAACGGAGCUGUGUAGAAUGUCAUUUGGCUUCUGAUGACAAGUCACAGGGGGAAUGCAGUGAAAAAUGUAAAUUGGUUGAUGCAACUGUCAGCACUGCAGAGGAUUACUCAGAGGAUAAAUCCAUUCCCUGCUCUUUGCAGGGGGAAAAUGAAUGUAUUACCACAUUUCUAUUGACUAUGGAUGAACACGGAAAGACAAUAAUUCAUAGCAUAAAACCAAAAGAUUGCCCACAACUUCCAAAUAUCGCAAUGAUAAUGGUAGGUGUUGCCCUCGCUAUCCUUCUGAUGGGCGUUGUUUUACUUUGUAUCUGGAAAUUACUGGUGUCGAUUCAGGACGGAAAAGAAGUGGCCAAGUUUGAAGCAGAAAGAUCUAAAGCCAAAUGGCAAACGGGAACAAAUCCACUGUACAGAGGCUCAACAACCACUUUUAAAAAUGUAACCUACAAGAACCAAGAAAAGCAAAAAGUGGCCAAGACUGAAGAUUUUUAUUAGUGCUUCCAACGCU